AAAAAUUUUAGGGAUGAAACAUUUAUUGGGCAAGGUGGAUUUGGAACUGUUUACAAAGGAAAGCUAGGUAAACUAAAUCAGGUUGUAGCUGUAAAACGACUUGAUACAAGUGGUGCCCAAGGGGAGAAAGAAUUCUUAGUGGAGGUUCUGAUGUUGUCUCUUUUACGUCAUCCAAACCUUGUUAAUUUGAUUGGUUACUGUGCUGAAGGUGAUCAACGUCUUCUUGUCUACGAUUACAUGCCUAUGGGAUCCUUAGAAUCUCGUCUCCAUGAUCUGCCACAUGAUAAAGAAGCUCUUGAUUGGAAUACAAGAAUGAAGAUAGCAACAGGGGCAGCAAAAGGAAUAAAUUAUCUACACAAUGAAGCAAAACCAUCGGUUAUAUACAGGGAUCUAAAAUCAUCAAACAUACUUUUAGACAAGGGGUUUGUUCCAAAACUUUCUGAUUUUGGGCUUGCAAAAUUUGGGCCAACUGGAGACCAAUCAUAUGUUGACACGAGGGUGAUGGGAACACAUGGUUAUUGUGCCCCUGAAUAUGCCACAAGUGGGAAAUUAACCAGGAGAUCUGACAUAUAUAGUUUUGGGGUUUUGUUGUUAGAGCUUAUAACUGGACGCAGAGCUUAUGAUGAGAAUCGUGGCCAUGACAAGCAUCUUGUUGAUUGGGCACGACCAAAGUUUAAAGAUAGAAAGAAUUAUUCAAAAUUGGCAGAUCCAAAACUACAAGAUCAUUAUUCUGGAUCCGGACUAACAAUGGCAAUUGAAUUGGCAUCCAUGUGUCUCAGAGAAGAGCCACGUCAACGGCCGGACGCGGCGGACAUAGUGAUCGCUCUCGAUUUCUUGUCUUCCAAGCAAUACGUUCAGAGAGUACCUAUCGAUUUUGAUGAGAAAGACAAAUAUACCAAUGACUCUCCAAAAGCAAUAAUAACAGUUUUGACUAAAGAUGUUCAAAGAGAGGAAGCUGUUGCAGAAGCCAAAUUAUGGGGUAAAACAUGGAGAGAUAGAAAACAAAAUGACCAAAGUAGCCUUGAGGAAAUAAAUAGGUAGUAGUACAAUUGAUCUUUUGUACUCUUGUAACUGCCUGCACCAAGACGUCAAAGAAGAUUCAACA